CUUUCUCUCCUGCAAGAAUGGUUUCCACUUACUUCUUCCCAUGCCUGUGUCUCAUACUAUGUUUUCCCUAUUGCGCGACAUUCUCGGUUAGACACCUUCCGAAGGAAGAUGCACGUGACGCUGAUGCUGGUGAAUUGAGGGAGGACAUUCCAGGAAUAAAUUUAGCUGCUGGACUGAACCUCUUUCAAGGGGAUAUCUUACUGCCAAAUGAGCGCAAUGGACUGAGAAAUGAGUUCUACAGAUGGAAGUUCCCUGUUCCCUACAUUCUGGGUGAUGACCUAGAGCUGAAUGCCAAGGGAGUUAUACUUGAAGCGUUUGAAAUGUUCCGUCUUAAGUCUUGUGUGGAUUUCAAGCCAUAUGAAGGAGAGAGCACCUAUAUACGGUUUCUAAAAGAUGACGGGUGUUGGUCCAUGGUUGGUGACCAGCAGACUGGACAAAAUCUUUCCAUUGGGCUGAGGUGUGACUACAAAGCUAUUGUGGAACAUGAAAUCUUACAUGCGAUGGGAUUUUAUCAUGAACAGUCGAGGACAGACCGGGAUGAUUAUGUGACAAUCUGGUGGGAUGAAAUUCUUUCAGGCCACACGCACAACUUUGUGAAAUAUGACGACAAGUUAAUCUCCGACCUGAACACCCCUUAUGACUAUGAAUCAGUAAUGCAUUAUGAGCCAUUCUCAUUUAACAAAAAUCAGAGUAUCCCAACAAUCACUGCAAAGAUUCCAGCGUUUAAUGACAUUAUUGGCCAGCGCUUGGAUUUCAGCAGCAUGGACUUAGAAAGACUCAAUCGCAUGUACAACUGCACUUCAACUCACACCCUUUUGGACCAGUGUGCUUUUGAGUUCCCUAACAUCUGCGGCAUGGUUCAAGGACCCGGAGAUGAUGCCGACUGGGUCCAUAAGAAGAGCAGCCUCGCAGGACAAGAAGACCACACACUCGUUGGACGCUGCAAAGAUGCUGGCUCUUUCAUGUACUUCGAUACUGGAUCUGGCAAGGCAGAAGAUACGGCUCUCCUAGAAUCCCGCAUCCUUUACCCAAAGAGAACUCAGCAGUGCCUCCAUUUCUUCUACAAGAUCUCUGGAAGCCCCUCAGACAAGCUUGUCAUCUGGGUUAGAAAGGACAACGGCACUGGGGCUGUUAACAAGCUGGUUAAAGUCAAAACCUUUCAAGGUGAUAAUGACCAGAAUUGGAAAAUUGCCCAUGUGACCCUCAAUGUUCAAGAGAAGUUCCGGUACGUCUUCCAAGGACUAAGGGGCAAUCACAACAGCUCUUCUGGUGGAAUUGUUAUUGAUGAUGUCACCCUCACGGAGACCCCGUGCCCGAGCGCGGUCUGGCUCAUUCGGAACUUCUCCCGCCUUCUCCAGACCUCUGUUUCAGGCUCUGUGAUAUUCAGUCCUCGGUUUUACAGCUCGGAGGGUUAUGGCUAUGGAAUAACCUUGUAUCCUAGAGGCACGUCCUCCUAUCCGAACUACUGCCGCAUUGCUUUUCACUUGUGCAGCGGAGAGAACGAUGAAGCUCUGAAAUGGCCUGUGGAGAACAGACAAGCUAUUGUAACGGUGCUAGACCAGCACCCUGAUAUCAGGAGCAGGAUGUCCCCAAGCAGGAGCUUCACAACAGACAGGAGCCAGAUUAUGCCCGGUACAAAUGGUACUUCGAUGUGGGAUAAACCAUCCCUUGUUGGAAAAUUUGACCCUUCCUGCAACUGUAACCGAAGCUUAGAUUGGGGAUGGAGCACUUUCAUCUCUCACAAAAUGCUGAGACAGAGGAAUUUCCUAAAAAAUGAUGACCUCAUUAUUUUUGCAGAAUUCAAAGAUCUCACCUAUCUUAAACACACUGAAGUCCCCGUUAAACUAGCCCAACCCAGCGCCAGAGGCCUCAUUCUUGAAAGGCAGAGAAGGUCAGCCCAGAACACUGGCCCCCUUGAAGCUUGGUCAUCCAAUAUGGGGGAUGCGUGUGAUCCAAACCCUUGCCAGAAUGAUGGAGUCUGUGUGAACGUGAAGGGGAAAGCGAGCUGCAGAUGUGCCUCAGGCCACACCUUUUUCUAUACAGGUGAGAGAUGCCAGGUGGCACAAGUCUACGGGAAUACCCUUGGAAUGAUCAUUGGUGGAACUGCCGGAACAAUAGUAUUAAUCAUCGUAAUUGUUUCCAUGCUAACCCGAAGCUCAAUGUUUCAGUAUGAUGUUUUUCCUGGUGCUUAAGAGAGUUUUGUCUUUCAUGACAACAGAUUCCAGAAUAAAAAUAUGUGGAAACUUUCAAGAUGUGGAUAUGGAAAUGUUCUAUGAAGUUCUCAGUGAUGACGCUUUCAUGCUGCAGGGCAUAACACUUAAAAAGUCCUCACCUAAAACUGUUGUUUAAUAAAGAUUUAUAA